UACGAGCAGGGUGCGCGUGAAGAGGUGCAGGGUGUCUUCUCCCGACGCGUUCCAGUGCCUGUGCGUCCCCUGACCCGACAGUAUGAAGGAGACGCCACUCUCAAACUGCGAGCGCCGGUUUCUACUCCGCGCCAUCGAAGAGAAAAAGCGGCUGGAUGGCAGACAAACCUAUGAUUAUAGGAACAUCAAGAUCUCAUUUGGAACAGAUUAUGGGUGCUGCAUUGUGGAACUUGGAAAAACAAGAGUUCUUGGACAGGUUUCCUGUGAACUUGUUUCUCCAAAACUCAAUAGGGCAACAGAAGGUAUUCUUUUUUUUAACCUUGAACUCUCUCAGAUGGCUGCCCCAGCUUUUGAACCUGGCAGGCAGUCAGAUCUCUUGGUGAAGUUGAAUCGCCUCUUGGAAAGAUGUCUCAGAAAUUCGAAGUGUAUAGACACUGAAUCUCUCUGUGUUGUUGCUGGUGAAAAGGUUUGGCAAAUACGCGUGGACCUACAUUUGUUAAAUCAUGAUGGAAACAUUAUUGAUGCUGCCAGCAUUGCUGCAAUUGUAGCCUUAUGUCACUUCCGAAGGCCUGACGUCUCUGUCCAGGGAGAUGAAGUAACACUGUAUACACUUGAGGAGCGUGAUCCUGUGCCAUUGAGCAUCCACCAUAUGCCCAUUUGUGUCAGUUUUGCCUUCUUCCAGCAAGGAACAUAUUUAUUGGUGGAUCCCAAUGAACGAGAAGAACGUGUAAUGGAUGGCUUGCUGGUGAUUGCCAUGAAUAAGCAUCGAGAGAUUUGUACCAUCCAAUCCAGUGGUGGGAUAAUGCUGCUAAAAGACCAAGUUUUGAGAUGUAGUAAAAUAGCUGGUGUGAAGGUAGCAGAAAUUACAGAGCUAAUACAGAAAGCUUUGGAGAACGACCAGAAAGUUAGGAAAGAAGGUGGAAAGUUUGGCUUUGCAGAAUCUAUAGCAAAUCAAAAGAUCACAGCAUUUAGAAUGGAAAAGGCCCCUGUUGAUACCUCCGAUGUAGAGGAGAAAGCAGAAGAAAUCAUCUCUGAAGCUGAACCUCCUUCAGAAGUUGUUUCGAAACCUGUGCUGUGGACUCCUGGAACCGCCCAAAUUGGAGAGGGAAUAGAAAACUCCUGGGGUGAUCUUGAAGACUCUGAGAAGGAAGACGAAGAUGAAGGUGGCAGUGAUGAAGCUAUCAUUCUUGAUAGUAUAAAAAUGGACACGGGAGAAGUCUCUAAUAUUGGAAGCCAAGAUGCCCCUAUAGUGCUCUCAGACAGUGAAGAAGAAGAAAUGAUCAUUUUAGAACCAGAUAAGAAUCCGAAGAAAAUAAGAACACAGACCAUCAGUGCAAUACAAGUAAGAGCACCAAGUAAAAAGCCAGUGAAAAAGAGAAAAAAGAAGAGAGCUGCUAAUUAAAGUUCACAUAGUUGUAUAUUUGUAUAUAACUAUUAAAAAGCAAGUCUUAUGGCCUGAAUUCUUUAAGCACACCUUUCAAAUCCAAGUAUUAAUAGUAAGCAAGCUUUCUACCUAACAGAUGCUAUUAAACAGGUAAGACAAAACGCUUCAAACAGUGUAGGUGGUUGAAUAGCUCUUCCAGUUCAGUACAUCUAGACAACUGUCAGUUGUAUAGGACAGUUAUUUAACCUAUCUGGCACAAGCAUUUACAGCACAAGGUGGAUGUGUGAGGACGUCGUCAUACAUACCCAGCUUUGUCCCGUGACAGUGUAGAGUGCUAAAUGGAAGGCCGCUGCGGCGAUAACUGAUGGCAAAUACUUUAGAUAUGGGUCAGCAUCUAUCAAACUUAACUCUCCCAAAAACUGGAAUGAAAAAGUAAAUAAGCUUUAUGAUCAUAAGAGCUCUGGAAUUCAAACCUCAAAUCCUUACCUUCUGACCGAAUAUUUUGCUGUCUUUAAGACUGGCUCUGUAGCAACCAUCGCCACAUCUUUAAAUAUAUCCACUACCGUGUUUUGCUUCAUUCUCAUCCUGUAUUUUUCCUCCUUUAAUAGCUUUAAAAACAACCCUGCUGGCUACCAUUUCCCAAGACUUCAUCCUCAUACCACUAUUCCUAGUGCUUUCUCCAUUUAUGUUUUCUUUUGCCAAUGAUGAUAGGCUUUCUUUCAUACUGCAGCACUAACCUGUCCCCAGAAUACUAAAUCCCUUGACCAAGGCUGUAUAAUGAAACUAGAGCUUGCCCCUAAUUGUGACCUUAGAAUCUUCAUUCAACAAAAUGAAAAGAACUUACCAUUGCUAAACUUUCAACUUUGCAGUUUGCAGACUGCUGGUGCAGAAAGUACUGGGUAAGAAACUGAUUUAUUGUUGGUGCAGCUAAGUCAAAAGCAAGGACUUUCAAAACUAGGUGCUCCAUUCUCAGAACUUGUUUCUUGGUAUAAGUGUCAUCUGUAAUGUAUACAAAUUCUGCUACUUCUGGGGGGUAUAUUUCUUCAAACUUUCUACAAUGAAAGGAGUUUUAAGUAAUCAGUCCUUUUAUAAGAAAAGCAAGCUUGUUUAUCCCGACUUGAAAUCCCUUAAGCAGAAUAAAUGGAACGAAUGCAAAACCA